AUGGGGGCGCAUUGCAACAUUCUCUGCAAAAGUGCUUGUGAGAUUGUCGCCAUGUCUGGGAGAGGAAAGAGCGCUGAUGGGAAAGCUCACUCCAAGGCGAAGUCCCGGUCGUCCCGGGCUGGCCUGCAGUUCCCGGUGGGCCGUAUUCACAGGCUCCUGAGAAAGGGUAACUAUGCUGAGCGUGUGGGUGCCGGAGGGCCGGUCUAUCUGGCUGCAGUGCUCGAGUAUCUGACGGCUGAAAUUCUCGAGCUGGCCGGUAACGCGGCCCGGGACAACAAGAAGACCCGCAUCAUUCCCAGGCACCUCCAGCUGGCCGUGCGCAAUGACGAGGAGCUCAACAAGCUGCUGGGAGGGGUGACCAUCGCUCAGGGUGGGGUGCUGCCUAAUAUCCAGGCCGUGCUACUACCCAAGAAAACCACCGCUGGGGGCGCCACUAAAAAGUAAAGAGACCGUCAGUUCAUCUGACGACCCAAAGGCUCUUUUAAGAGCCGCCCACAGUGUCUGUGAAAGAAACUGGACCCUCACCACUGCCAAGUUAAUUUUAAUUUCCUUUGUAUUACGGAGAGACCGGUAACACAAUAUUCACCCUGCCAUCAGUUAGUGUUACUGAGCUAUAACUGCCUGGACGGAAUGUAUCCAUGAGGCAGUUUCCUGUAAUUGCAUUGGAAACAUCCGACACUGGUGGAGGAACAUCAAUAAAUUUAGAAAUCGGGAAAUAAUGACCCCGCUGGCCGCAAAGCGAUUCAGUGUCUCUUGACAUGAUGUUUUCGA